AUGGACUUUCUGGAUGAGGAGACUCUGUUUGCAGCGGAGAAGGCAUCAAUCACCAUGGCACAAGUUGCCAAAGAUCAUGGACAUUGGCCAAGACUCUUCCAAACUCUGUCCAAAUCCAGGCGCAUUAGGGACUUUGUGCCAGGGAACAGUUGGUUCAUGCCGCACUAUUGUGACUCUCCGCACGAGCAGCGCUACCAUAAUGAGAAGAAGCCACGAUCAACUUCAAGCUACUCUGCGAGUCAGAAGAAAGCGGCCAUGCUACGCUUCAUUGGAGAUCAAGCUGCUACAGCCAGAAAGCUGGAAUUGAAGGGUGAACAACACUACAAUUAUGGCAACGCUGAUUCUCAAAAAGAACAAGCUGGCAAGGAUCGAAAACUACAAUCAGUUGCAAAUCCUUGGUUUUGCUUUGUGGAAGAAGGUGCAUUAGAUGAAGACUGUUUUGUUCGCAUAUCUCGGGUCCAAAGUCCCACACACGACCCAUUACUCAUCGCACAAGGUUUCGGCAAGUGGUCAACCGACUCGGACUACUGGAAAUACGGUCGGAAGGAUCCUUCUAUCGCCUUGGACCUGUCGCGCUGGAUUCCGUGUCUGGUGGGAGGUGGAAAGAAAAACUAUGAAGGACUUUGGCCUGAACUAAAACAUUUUGGACAUGGAGCAAGCAAGCAACCCCUCCUGAGCGAAAAAGACAAGUUUCUACCAAGGCCAAGGAGGCGUUUCAGAAUAUACGGGUUUCACUCACCGUGGGCAACAAGCCAGCUCUCACAACGGGAUCCGUUGUGA